AUGAUUAGUACCCGCGAUUUAGCAUUACAAAUAUAUGUGAAAGAGAAAUCAUGUGAUGCACACGAUAUAGCCUAUGCUGAUGAAACAAAACUGCACAUCAAAUUCUACGAUCAAAUUUGGUCGCCAGAAGAUCUGAAUCCAGACCGUCUGACAAGUGAAAUAAGUAAAAUGUUUAUUUACAACGAAACUGAAACAAAGCGACACAGCUAUUCGGUUAACUAUUUUGAUUUAAACAAGACACAUGCACAGACAGCCAAUGUCGCUUCCAGUGUUGCAGCCAGCGUAGCUAUCAACAUCCUAUGGGGCGCUGGCAGUGGAAACGGAGCCGGUUCAUCGUCUAGUUCUUCAUCCAGUUCAUCGUUGGACAAUCUGGCAACAACAUCACAAUCCAUAUUUUUGGCCACCGACAUUCAAUACAUGCUCAGCCAAGAAUCAGUUGAGACCGAAUGGGCAGGCGAAAAGUUUAAACUAAAGUCAUUUGGCGUCUCAACAAAAUUGACGUCUAUCGAUUGA